AGCCUAGCCAAGGGGCAAGGGGCACCGUCCCCUUCGCCUAGCUGUCCCAAAGGAUGCUAGCGUCUAACACCGAAAAGAUCUCCUCAGGAGGCCUCUACGUGUUAUUAGUUAUUUUGCUGCACGUUAAGCACCUUCUGUGAAUAAUCGUGCAUUCUAGAAGGUUGCUGCAACAGUCAUCUACUAGCCCUAAUUCCCAUCUCAUCCAGAUCCGAUGUCGAAACAUCGGAACACCGAGCUUUCUAGCCGGGUGACAACCACCCAAGAAUUCCCCGACAUCCAGACAAUUCGCAAUGCAAUUCCUUCCCACUGCUUCCAGCCUUCGACAUGGGUUUCGAUGGGCUAUGUCCUGCGCGAUGUCACUAUGGCUGCAGUCCUCGGAUGGGCAGCCUUGACAUACAUACCACAAAUUCCUAACGCGCUUCUGCGCGGCGUCGCCUGGAUGGCCUAUGGCUACGCUCAGGGGCUGGUGUGUACUGGCAUCUGGAUUUUGGCCCACGAGGCUGGACACGGUGCGUUUUCGGUGCACCGGCGGUUCAAUGACUUCGUCGGCUGGGUGCUUCACUCGAGUCUCCUCGUACCAUACUUCUCGUGGAAGUUCUCGCACCAUCGUCACCACCGGUUUACCGGACACAUGGAGAAGGACAUGGCCUUUGUGCCCCAGACGAAGGAUGCGCAGGGACGUCCAGGCCUGAAAACCUUAUACCUCGACCCGGAGAUGUUCGAGGACGCGCCAAUUGUACAGCUUGUACAGCUUCUUGGCCAUCAGUUGUUCGGAUGGCAAUUGUACCUGUUCUUCAAUGUUUCUGCGGGUGUCAAAAGCAAGCAGCGGGAGGAACCCAAUUGGUGGCGGAUGAGCCACUUCGAGCCGAGGAGCGCUGUAUUCCGACUCAACGAGGCUGUAUAUAUUGCGCUGUCGGACCUUGGUAUUGGAUUGACGUUGACUGCGCUCUACUUCGCAUCCACUGCGAUCGGAUGGCCUGCCGUGUUCCUCCUAUAUAUUGUUCCCUAUUUCUGGGUUCAUCAUUGGCUUGUUGCAAUUACAUACCUACACCACACCCACCCCGAUGUUCAUCACUAUACUCCCGAGGGCUGGACUUUUGUUAAGGGCGCUUUGGCAACCGUGGACAGAGACUUUGGCUGGGUUGGACGUUCUCUGUUCCACGGAAUCAUUGAUACCCACGUGGUUCACCACCUUUUCCCGCGUAUUCCCUUCUACAAGGCUGAAGAGGCAACGGAGGCCAUUAAGCCUCUCCUUGGAGACCUAUACCACUGUGAGCAGAGCUCUUUUAUCGGCCAGUUGUGGUCGACUUUUACGACAUGCAGAUAUGUUGAGAAUGACCCCAAGGUGCCUGGCGCUAUGCGCUGGGUCGAGUAAACUUUGACGGGCAAGCACUUUUUCU